CUGAAUCUCCUCCUGGCCACUUCGACUCUAUCUCCUGCUCUUUGUACCAGCGAAACAGCCCAGAGCCAGAGGUGGCCGCUGCCUUGGCGUGAGCGUGGCGGUGCUACUCCGAAAGUGUUCUGUACAAUCAACAACCCGAGCGGCAUCAAGGAACGAGCACACACGCAGCAGCAACCAUGUCGUCCUCUGUUCUGAAAACAAUCGCAGCGAGGAACGCAGCCCAAAGACGCCGUGUGGUCGAGAAGAAGCACGGGGAGACGAUCGAUGUUCCCGAAGGAUCGGGACUGCUCGUCACCGGGUGCAGCGGCUGCACCAUCAACGCGCCGGGCAGAAGCAGCAGCGUCACCGUUGAGCGGUGCGACGCAGGGACAACGGUCAACGUCGGCAGCGUCGUGGCUUCCCUGGAGAUCAUCCACUGCACGGACGUCCAGGUCUCAGUAGCGAGGUGUCGCACGAUCACCGUCGACGUCUCCACCGACGUCACCCUGACCUGCAAGUGCCAGCCGCCCUCCGGACAGGAGGCGGAGCAGCAGCAGCAGCAGCAGCAGCAGCAGCGAGGAGGAGGAGGAGGAGAGGUGAAGGUCCAACCGAGCGAAGCGGCCGACGAGGCCUCGGCGAUCCGCCUCUUCACCAGCUGCAGCGAAGGGGUUACCGUGCGGUACGAGGGCCUCCUGUCGAAACCACCACCAGGCCCGGUCGCCGCCGCCGACCCCGCCGUUGCCGCCGAUGCCACGGCCGUCACCUACCGCAUCCCGAAAGACUGGCGGCACGAAAACGGGGACACCCCCCGCUCGGUGACGCGCGUGUCGGGAGCGGGGAGCGGCGGCGGGGGCGGAGCGUGCUGCAAGACUCUCCGUUGCGACCAGUACGGCAUUCCCCUGGAAGAGGUCGAGGCGGCCGAGGCGGGGGUCGCGUGGACGUGGGAGCAUGGCCGGGGGGGGGUCCCGCGGUAGCAGUCGUACGUAGCUAAAUCACCCGCCUCGUUGUGGAGGCACAAUUUGAUGCACACACAACAAAUCGUUGAACCGUGGCAGGGAGUGGUAUAUUGUUGGUUUUUCUGCUUGUGAUACGUAUUUUCACAACCCUUUCCGUUGUUGGCAAGAAUGGUCAUGGAUGACUGUUCUUGAUGGGUCUCGGGAGUGCAAUCAAGAAGUGCAGAUUGCAAACGGGGGAGAGGAGGGACCAGAAUGCGGGAUGUGGAGACGGCGAAGGCGUGGUCAAAUAGGCGUUCCCGGAGGGCGGAGAUCAACCAGAGGCAUUGUCGUCGGUGCCGCCGAAUGGGCCGGUAGAGUAAUCCGACGUGAUGGUCGCAGAGAUGAACUAGAGGCGUUGUCGCUGGUGCCGCCGAAUGCGCCGGUAUAGAAAUCCGACGUGAUGAUCGCAGCAACCUGAUUAUUGGUGAAAAUCUUGUGGAGGGAGUCUCCCUGCUUGAGAAUUGGCAAAGAGGACGGUCUUGGAACAUGCACCGUGUCACCGAGGGGAGAGAGGGCCGGGUACAUACUGUCCAAAUAUACCCAAGGAUGAUACCUCGAGCGCGGCCGCAGCGUGGAAUUUCGCAGGUAACGCGGUGCUUCUGGCUGGCAACGAAAGCUCGCAAAGGAUGGCGUGUUUUCAUUCGGAGGGCGGGCCGCAGCUUCCCGAACAUCGAACGGAGGGUGCUAUCACCGGUCUCUCUCGAGAACAGCUCGAGAAAGGUUGAAAAAAAGCUAAAGCACCCGAGUGCUGUCUGUUCUCCUUCGAUACGGUCUCUCGUCGCACCAUGUAGGCUGGCGUAAGCGCAAAGACUAUCCGGUCCGGGGGAGAUGGGGGGGGGUCAGUCAUACUGGCGUUCUUGCGAUACGGAAGGCGGCGUAGUCAUUGAAAGGACAGCCCUGCUGGCGGUCCAAGCACGUGCAGUCUACAGGACUCAGGU